CCUGUUAGUGUUAACGGAGCGGUGUACCGUGGACGUGUGAUCACAUAUUUCUCCCGAUCAAACUAUCCAUCAGAGCCAGCGUUCAGUUUAACGACACUUCAGCGAUAUCUGGAUUACGAUGGCGCACACGGGUUAAUGAGGAGAGCGUUGUCGUCCGCUGAAGGUACUGAAGGAACAGUUUGUAAACUGUGUGUGGGAGCAACAUUCAGCCUUUAGUUUUUGUGUGAUGGAGGGAUUCCCUGUUCACUGACGCUGCAGCACUGCCCUGCAGUCAUGUCUGCAUGCAACACCUUCACUGAACAUGUGUGGAAACCAGGGGAGUGCAAAAACUGCUUUAAGCCCAAGAGCCUGCACCGGCCUCCAGAGCAAGCCAAUGCUGCCAAUGAGAGCAAGACAAACAUCAGUGCCAAACUCACAAACAGUCAGAGGAGCAUUUCCUCAUCCCGUGCAGGGCAGGUCCGCCCACCUGUUGCAAAGAAGCCUACUAUUGCAGUAAAGCCUACUAUGAUGCUGCCAUGCUCCCCAGCAGGGUUGGAUUCAGAGGGAAAUGUGCCAAGGCCAACAGAGGGAGUACAGGUCACUAAAAGCUCACCAUUCACUGUGUGGAACCACAACAGCCUGAAUAGCUCGAGAACCACAGGGACAAACAACCAAGGAGAGGAUUUGGUUGGGCAAACAGAGGCAUAUGGUGCAAUUUCCCCACAGCCAACUAGAAGCAACAACAACAACGGACUGACGGAUGUGCUAAAAGAGAUUGCUGGCCUGGGACCUUCUCCAAGCUCAAGUAGAGAUGACUUCUUUGGCCGGAUCUGCAGUUCAUACCAGCGCUCGUUAGAGAGGGGCCUUCCAGCAUCAAGCUGUCUCCAUGCUGGGAGUAGUGGUAGAGGAGCAAUGAAACGUGUUUCCCUCAGUGACAGUGCAGAGGUCAUCAGCUCUGAGGGAGGACGUUUCUGCUAUCCGGAAUUCUCCAGUGAUGGCGACGAUGAGGAGGAUGAGAGUGAUGAUGAGGAUGAUGGAGAGCAUGACAGUUGGGAUGAAAGCGAUGAGGAGUUGCUAGCAAUGGGGAUACGGAUGCGGGGUCAACCUCGGUUUGCCAAUUUCCGUGCAGCCACCCUGUCCCCAGUUCCCUUCGCUGUAAGCAAGAAGUGGAAUACAGUGCCUAUACGCAACCGUUCACUGCAACGGUUCUGUGCAGUGGAUUACGAUGACAGUUACGAUGAGAUUCUGAAUGGAUACCCAUCUGUUGACUCAAAUGGAGCUCCUGCUCUUCUGUCAUACACCUCGGACCACCAGGGUUGUGGCUCUCUGUCCAUUUCUGAUUCCACCACCUCGCCCGAGUCCUUGAUUUCUCUGCCUGAAGAAUCCUGCUCUGGCAGCAGUAGGGGCACUGGUGACCAGAUAAAUAAUCUUCCUUUCCCACCUAGCAAAGAGCCUUCCGUCAAAGGGCUGAGUUCACCAAAACCCAAUGAAACGCACAAAGCUGUUCUAGCCAUCCGUCUGGAAGAACAGGAUGACAGUAAGAGACGGGGUGGUGCUCUCCCACAAGCUCUUCCAGGCCAGCCAAUCACAAUCAGCUUCAGCCCAACCGAGGAGCAGGCCAAGCCUUAUCGCGUAGUGAAUCUCGAGAAGGCUCCUAUCUGUAAGCCUUAUACAGUGGUGGAUGUGUCUGCCUCAAUGGCCACUAAAGAUGAGCACACUCACUUGAGUGAAAGCACUCCAAAGUCAAGUGGGCCUAAUGUUGUGCUUUGCCCUUCUGCUGAUCCCUGUCCUGUCUCACCCACUACGCCUCAGUCUCUCAGAUCUCCUGUUGCACAUGUGGCAUCUCCAUCCAUUUCAUUGUCUCUGAUGAUGCCUCAGUCUCCUACGAGUCCUGCCUCUGGAAGGCCCAGUGGUUUCCGCACAAAACCUGGCAGCAUCCGUUACCAAGAAGUGUGGACGUCUUGCACCAGCCCUCGACAGAAGAUCCCGAAAGUUGAUUUAACAAAUGGCAGUGCCGCCCCAAGACUAAUCAAUCACAAAUCAGCUCCCACAUCUCCAACUGCAGGCUUUGGCUCAGUCCCAAGUAAAUCUUCUAACUUGUCUGAGAUCAAAUUUAACAGCUACAACAAUGCCGGCAUGCCCCCGUUUCCCAUCAUCAUCCGUGAUGAGCCUGCAUAUGCACUCAGCUCCAAAAAGCCAGUGAAAGUUCCCAUAGUGAUUAAUCCCUGUGCAUACGAUAACCUAGCUGUUUACAAGAGUUUCCUGGGGCUCAAUGGUGAGGUGCCACAUUCCAAGCCUGGGGCCGGAGAGCGAGUGGCCAGCAACACAUAUGAGGAGAUUGGAUCUUCUGGAAGUUCCCAGCCCUCGCCGUCUGAGCAGACAUCAUCUCAGAUGAAGCACACAACAGAUGUAACUGCUCCUUGGGAUCUGAGGACCACCACAGUAUCCGGACAGGUUGUAAACAAUGGCAAAUCCAGGACUACGACAAUUGUCUCCAUCCUUCCUGCAGGCAACAUGAGCCCUGGCCCUGCUGUUUUGGCACACAGCAGUCUGGAUCGUAUUUGUAACCCCAGCAGUGAGCAACCAGAAGAGGGCUUCAAAGAUUACCAGGUCACAUCGAAUGGACGUUCAGGUCAGAGGGAAAAAGCAAGUGCUGUUCUGUCUCAAAUUGUGGCCUCCAUUCAGCCGCCACCUUCUCCUCCAGACUCCCCCACUGGCCAGAAUAAGACAUGCGGUGUUGAGGAACUUUACUCACUGCCACCAGAUGCUUCCAGAGAUGCUCUUAACAGACCUAAAUCACUCCACUGUUCUGCAGAACCUCAAAAAGACACACCACCUAAAGUCCUUCCCAAAUCUCAGAGUGCCUCUGCUGCUGUACCACCCACAAGCCCCAAAUCUGAACCUAGUGCCCCAUUUCCCCCAGCCCGGUCUAGCUCCUCUCCUUACCACACAAGUAACCUGCUCCAGAGGCAUUUCAGCAACUGGACCAAACCAGCUGGGGCCAAAUCUACUGACGGAGAGAGCAGUCCUGGUGCGGAGGGAAGGCGUUCAACUGAUGGUAACAAGCCUAAGCGCUGGAUAUCCUUCAAGAGUUUCUUCCGCCGGCGGAAGGAUGAGGAUGAACAGAAAGAGAAAAUGGAACGAGAGAAGGAAAAAGGGAAGCUGCUUGGAUUGGAUGGGACUGUCAUCACUGUACUGCCUCCUCCGCCUGUACAGAGACAGCACUGGUUUUCAGAGUCCAAGACGGAUGACCCUCACCAGAAACCCACGAUCAUAUUCACCUACAAAUCAGAGAGUGUCACAGGUGGAGAGGAGGCAGAGCUUCGGGUUGAAGAACACAAAGAAGGUGUCACAUCAGAAGUUGGAGCUUCCAGCCUGUCAACUCCACCCAAGAGCAGAGCCAGUCUCCUCAUCAGCAAAGUCAUGAAUCAGCUUCCAGUUCAGGAUACUGAGAUCUCCACAGCUACCUCUCUUCCUGCUAAACUGGAGCUGUCGCCCCUGCGCGAGCCGCCUGCCUCCUGUCCGCCCCCAGCAUCGCCCGCCUCAAACAGCAGCAAGCACGCAGAGCGAGAGGAAGAGGGAAUCACUUACACCAACUCUCAAUCUCCUACAUCCAGCAGCUGCAGGGCCACAUACACCAACCUUGGUCAGUCCAGGGCCAACAUGAUCCCUGUAAAACAUCCCAGACAUCCUAAAGCAUCUGAUGACACUUUAACCUCUGAUCCAGAGGCCAUCGAACCCACGACUAAAUCCACCCCUCCACCCCUGCCUAAAAAGUCAGUCCCACGUGCUCAAACAGAGCCAUCAGUUUUAGGUAGAGAACUCUCUGCCCCUCGACCCAAAGGAGAGGUCAAACCAGGCGGGACUAGUCUGAGUGUUGCCAAUCCACUCUACGAUCUCGAAUCCACAUGGGAUACUGCCAGUCAGAGCUCCUCGGUCAGCUCAGAGGCACGACAUCCUGACGAAUCUGGAGACUCCCUGGAGCGUCCCGUGGGUGGGCAGAGCCUGUCUUGCCUAACUAAUAGCAGCUCCAUGCUGGCAUGCGACCGCCGAGGCUACCGAAGUACAGAGAGUCUGACAGCCCAUGCACAAGGGACUGGGAGACCCGCUAAAUCCCAGAAACAAGUGCCAUACAAAGGCAUGGAGAGCUGGGAGGAAGUGGUCGGGAGGAUCCGAGGCCUGCACACGGAUACCCUUCGCAAGUUGGCAGCCAAAUGUGAAGAUCGAUUUAUGGCCGGGCAAAAAGAUCAUCUACGCUUUGGUACAGACAGCUGGUCUCAUUUCCGUCUGACUGCAGGAAAACCCUGCUGCGAGGCAGGAGAUGCUGUGUACUACACUGCAUCUUUCGCUAAAGAGCCUCUGAUAAACUACGCCGUUAAGAUCUGUCGGGGUGUGGUGAAGGAGAAUCAGCAGCAGUUUUUUCACAGCCUAGCAGUUCGGCAGAGUAUCGCUGUUCACUUCAACAUCCAGCAGGACUGUGGGCACUUCCUGGCAGAUGUUCCGGCCCGCCUGCUGCCCUGGGAGCAAGAGGAGGAUGGAGAAGACAAGCAAGGCGGUACGGAAGGAAGAGAAGAGGGAAAAGGAAAGGAGGAUGAGAGAGAUGCGGCUGGUCCGGGCUGGAAACUCUGUAGCCGUGUUGUGGUGAUCACUCGAGAGGUGCCGUUCCAGACGGUGGCGGAUUUCGUACGGGAGGGUGUGGAGAGGCAUUCGCGAAACCCUGAGCUGUAUGAACGCCAGGUGUGUCUGCUGCUGCUGCAGCUGUGUGCGGGACUAGAGCACAUGAAACCCUACCACGUCACGCACUGUGACCUGCGGCUUGAGAACCUCCUCCUGGUGCACUGCAAGCCCGGGAACCCUUGGAACCUGGAGCUCACGGAACCAAACAACAACGCUGCAUCUGGACCUUCCUCCGCCGCAGCUUCUGCUUGCCCUGCCCGCCUCAUCAUCAGCAACUUCUCUCAGGCCAAACUCAAGAAUGUGGUGCGGGAACCCGCUUCGCUCCGAGACCAGUCCCGUCUGGCACCUGAGCUCCUCACUGCCACUCAAUACCGCAAGUGCGAUGAAUUCCAGACAGGCAUACUGAUCUAUGAGAUGCUGCAUCGACCGAACCCAUUCGAGGAAAGUCCAGAGCUAAAGGAGAGGGAAUACUGCAGCUCUGACUUGCCCCAGCUGCCCCUGCGGUCCCUGUACUCCAACGGCCUUCAACAGCUUGCCACGUUGCUACUCAAUCCCAACCCUUCCGAGCGCAUCCAGAUGACAGACGCCCGUGCAUGUUUGCAGUGUCUGCUGUGGGGCCCCCGAGAGGAUCUGUUCAAUUCACUGAACCCCCCCUCCGGGACAGUCCAACGCCACACUGUCCUCCAGAACUGGCUGGACCUGAAGCGAACGCUUAUGAUGAUCAAGUUCGCAGAGCGUUCUUUGGACACUGGCUGCAGUGUGAGUCUGGAGGACUGGUUGUGCUGUCAGUAUCUGGCCUUCGCCUCCAACGAAUCUCUCAGCAGAGUGAUCAAGAUCCUGCAGCAGCCACAGGGUGUGCUUAUCUGAUCGCAGCCGAUCACACCAAUGAAGCUGGGACGUCUAGACAUAUGCGCUGUACAGACGUUUGACUUUGUUCGUGAAUGUACCAUGCAGUGAGUCCGAACGAACUGUUUACAGGAUGAAAAGUGACGAAGUGAAGUCAUAUUUAACUCCACAAAUAAUGGCACAUUUAUAGAGCUGCUUUUAUAAACAAUUUAAACUGCAUGACGUAUGUGUAUGUGUGAGCGUGUUGUAGGUUUUCUGCUGGUGUGUUUAGUUCUGAUUUUUUUCUGCUUUAUGGACUCGUGUAUAUCAAGCAGGAUACCACUGAUUCAACAUCAGCUGCAUCAUGAUUUAUGAUUCCAGUAACUCAUGAAACAGUUUGAUAACUUUUAUAUGUGACCCUGGAGCACAAAACCAGUCUCAAGUCGCUGGGGUAAAUUUUUAGCAAUUGCCAAAAAAGCAUUGUAUGGGUAAAAAUUUUAGAUUUUUCUUUUAUGCCAAAAAUCAUUAGGAUAUUAAGUAAAGAUCAUGUUCCAUGAAGAUAUUUUGUACAUUUCCUACCGUAAAUAUAGCAAAACUUAAUUUUUGAUUAGUAAUUUAAAGGUGACUUUCAGAUGACAUAAAUCUCAAUUUUGAGAAAUUGACCCUUAUGACUGGUUUUGUGGUCCAGGGUCACAUAUAAUCUUCACAUAUUAGAGUUUGUGUAAUGGGCAUCAAAUUAAGGCUUCUUGAGUGAUUGUUAAGUCACUGAAAGAAUGAAUUUUAGUCUAACAUGCCUUACUUUAUAAGUGUGUGUGUAUGUAUAUAUAUAUAUAUAGAGAGAGAGAGAGAGAGAUUUAUGGAAAGAGGCAAAACAUCAUCUUUCAUCAGUCAUUUCACUCAAAGGUUUAUCAGAUCCUGAUAUAUCGUACAGAUUAGCUCGAGAGUACAGAUUGGAUAUUUUUCUACCACCACAAGAGCACUGUAAAGUUUACCAAAGACUAAACACUCUGAACCACAAAGAACAAAACAUAUUUUUACAUAGUCGAAGAGAAGAUUUUAUUACUCUCCCUCUUAAAGAAAGUGUCCUUAUGUACCUAAAACAAAUGCAGUUUGGUUCUUCAGCAGUACUUUGGUUCUUCAAAGUACACAGGCGCAUUUCCAAUCAGAGGAAUUGGCACCAAACUCGGUCUAAUCAAACUAGAGUCACUCCAGAUUCUGAUUAUAGCGUUUACACUUGCAGUAAAGGCUCUGAACUGCUUUUGAGACAUAUCGGGAUAAAUAUUACCCUGACCUGAUGUAUGUGCAAUUAUUAAAAACCAUUUGUGACAGUAUUUUAGACACAUUUAAUGCACUUGAUAUUCUAAGCAUGCGAUUAUUCUUUAUCUUCCUGUUCCUGUUUGGCACAUAACUGAUGAGAAUGCAAGCUUUGGGAUCAGACUCCCAGAUAUUUGAUUGUUGUAUGUGAAGCAUUAGUUUGGACCAGGGACGGUACAUUCUUCAGCGUUUUGUCCUUGUUGUAGUGUUAUUUUGAGGCAUGAGUGUGUGUUUCAGGCAAUGGCAAUAUAGAGAUGGACUUCAGAGUGAAGUGUGAGACCCACACAAGCUGCAUCCCACCUUUAGAUAUAAUAUUUUUUGACAUACUAUGAUUUGCAUACUUUAUAGUAUGGAUAGUAUGCAAAUUGGGAUGCAGAUAUUGUCAUCCUUCCAUUUGUAUUGUUACUUCAUUUACACAUUCAGGUAAAAGAAAGGGAUUGCAGAAAGGGAUUUACUGAUUGUUAGUGCUGAGAAAGGGUUCGUGUGAGGUCAGAGAGUAUCUGUCAAUCACAAACUAGGGCGGGACCACUGGUUUGCUCACAUCUUCCAUUUCCGAAGCAGCAGCUACAGUUCUAUCAAUUCUAUUAGAAAGAAACAGGAAUAUUGUGUGUGUGUGUGUGUGUGUGUGUGUGAGGAAAAAUUGCGGUGCGUGUCACACUUAAUGUUUGUGGGUCACAUCAUAGCAAUAUGUUGUAUUGAAUUGUGUUUGUAUAUAAUAAUUUGAGUGAGGUUUAAAUUCAUUUUAGCAUUACAGGCACGAUUCUGCGUUGCAGAAAGAACUUGAGAGAGAGAGUGAAAGUGUCAGCAGAUGUCUGUAAUCUGAAGAUCAUGUGUUUUUACUCAUCCACCAUCAAUUGAUCAGUUUCUUUCACAUCAUUUCAACUGAUUGUCUGUUAUUUACAAAAUGUUUAUUGCCAGUGAUGAUUUCACAAAACUGCUUUUACCUACAACUGCAUAUCCCAAGGUGUUUAGCUAACUGAGUUAACUGCUCAUAAUAAAAUUAUGAAUAUGUUUUUAAAACAAGACUUGUUUGAGUGUUUUAAAGCACUGGAGACAACAAAUAAUCCUGGUGUUGUAGUUUAGGGCCUCUAUGGGGCGCC